CAGCGCGGUCGCAAGUUACGAGUCGCUAUAUUGAUAUUGCCAGUUGACAAAUAGGAGCCGCUCACUCUCACUCUCUAAACUGUCUCUCUGUUGCCACCAAAGGGCGUAGAUGGGCAGAUUUCCAGGGGGUCUGACGCUCUUGCUAACAAUUCUCUAACCCACUCUCGAUUUAGGGCUUUAUGAUGACUGUUGAAAACUGUCAACAAAAAAAAAAACAGGUUUAAUUUUUUAGUUUUCGAAAGGGGUAAUAUUUUUAUUGGUGAAAAAAUGUUUCUAUAAUUCUUUGUCAAAUCUCAUUACAUUAAUAAUUUUCAAAUAUAUUGAAGCGGACCCCUGGACCCCCUUAAAUCACGCCCAUUUGCUGCCCCCAUGACUUGGCGCUCUCCGCUGCUCUCUCGCUCGCUCACACUCUCGCCUCCUCAACCGGAGAUAGUGCGACAGAAAGGGACGGACAGACAAACGAUCGACGGAAACCUGGCGAUCGAGGGGCGGGUGUGGGAGUUAGAGGAGCUCAAACGCUCAAUGAUUGCCGAUCCGAUGCAUAUCGCAGAUAUGCCCGUUCCUCCCUCUGCUUCUUCUUCCUCUUGUGCCACACAGAAGCAAAUGUGCAACAGCAGCAACAUCAAGAACAACAACCCCCUGGAACAACAACAACUGAUAAGGCUUCAUGUCUGCAUUCUAACGUUUACACAAUUGGACAUUCGACAAGAUUUUGUCGAUCCACUGGAAAAAAAGGUGCCUUUUUCUCCUACAUCAAAAAAUAAUCCUCAGAAAAAAAGAUCAAAGUUUGGUUUGAUUACAAUAUUUCCAUUUUAAAUAGAUCUAAUGGUGGAAAAGUAUAAAAACCACAUAAAAAUUGUUCAAAUUGUUUUUUCAAAGUAAUAUGCAACAUUCAAAACGAAUUACUCAGCUAGUUAUAUUUAUAGAUAUUUUGUUAUUACAUUUCUGAAACUGAAUAUUGAAAAAACAAUAUUUAUCAAAAUUAAUAGGAAGACUCCAUCUAGAAAAGGCCCACUUUUUCACGUGCAGAUAUCGAACUGAAGACGUAGCGAUUUGUGUGCACUCGCUUUUGUUUGUUGCUUGCUGUGGAUUGUGUGAAGAACAUGAUAGUUUAUGGUUUAUGGCUAUCUAAACAUAGGCCCGUGCGUGUGCGUAUGCGUUUAAGUACGCCCGAGAAGUUUACAUUACGCCGGAUCUGGAUCAGGAGCGGACGAGUUGCUAGUCCUCGAUUCGAAUGGAUGCUGCCCAUUUAUUAUCCAGAAAAUUUGUAGAGGAAACUAUGCACCCACACAAACGCACGGCCCAAGAACCGAAAAGUUUUCAAUUUCGAAAAUGCCCGGAGAGGUGCGUACGGCCCGAAAUAAGGGCUGCAAAGAGACACGCUCUAAAAAAACAUAGUUAUUUUUUUAGCUCCUCUCCUAUUAAAUACAUUUAUCUUCUUAUAUUAAAACCUUUAAGCUAAGGAAAGGCAUCCGUGAAGUCUUCAAUGAAAAUAUAAAACGGAAAGUGCUAUAAAAAUAGAAUCAUAAAAACAAACGAAAGCACGUUUUUAAUUCUGUUCAUUCGAUUGACAAACGUGACUAUAUUACCAAUUAAACUUCGUUUUUCUUGUAACGAAUGACUGCUACAAGUUAUCAGUAUAUAUCAGUAUUUCACAGUUGUAAACGUUAUUGUAAAACCCAAAGAAAUUUUGUAACUGAUAACUCAUUAAUUGUGUAUGUUAUCAAGUAGAAAGUACUCGGUAUAUGUAUUUAUCAUUUUCUUAUGUUUUUUUUUAAAGAAAUGUACAGAAAUUCCUUUUUGGAUUUUUUACGAUGCAGGUAGCCCUGGUUUAGGUAUUUGGAAAUUCCAAAAAACAGCAACAACAGCAACAUGACCCCGUCAGAAUAUCGAGGAAAAAUGCGGUGAUCGGGGGCAGAAUAGGCGGAAUGAGGAGUGACGGUACGGGGGCGGCAGCGAAAGAAACAACACCGAAUAGGAACAAUGUAAACAAAGCGCCCAUUCCACAGGCAAAUUACCAAAUUACCCGAUGAUGAAGUCAAUUGUUGUAUACAAUAAAAAUGUGUGUUGUUGCUGCUGCUAUUGCUCCGAUAUUCUUUUGUUUUCCUUUUUUUCGAAAGUUUUUCUAGUUCGCCUGCUGGUUGUUUUUUUUUUUUUUUUUUUUUUUUUUUGUCUCUCAAUAUUUUGUACGCUUGGCUAGAGGCGGCUGCCUUCGGGCCCACUUUUUGGGUGGAAACAAUGUGGAUGGAUGUGUGAAUGCGGAGAAUUCAGUUUUAGUACAAAUUCGGCGCAGGAACGAGCAACGCGCCCACUUGCCGACCACAAAGUACCACGCGAUGUUCCCACCCGGCCAAAAUCAAAAUCCGCUACCGCUUUCGUUGAUACCACUGCCAGUUCCCGAUCCCUAUGCGAUUAGCAAGGCCGUCCAGGAUCCGGAGAGUCUGGACCUGGAUGUGGAUGUGAACCUCCACCUGGAUGGGGGGCGGCAAGAGCUGUUCGAGGGUUACUCGGACGAGCUGCUGACCAUCGCCUGGGUGGCCUGCAUUGUGUUCAUCAUCGUGGGUGUGCCCGGCAAUCUGCUCACGAUCGUAGCUUUAUCACGUGGUCGGCAGACCCGCAACUCAACGGCCAUAUUCAUCAUCAACCUGUCCUGCUCGGAUCUGCUCUUCGGCUGCUUCAAUCUUCCCCUGGCAGCCUCCACUUUCAUGGAGCGGGCCUGGACGCACGGUGAUCUGUGGUGCAGGUUGUUUCCGAUGCUGCGGUAUGGCCUGCUGGCGGUUUCACUGCUCUCCGUGUCGUUGAUCACCAUCAACCGGUACAUCAUCAUCGCCCAUCCCAGGCAGUAUCCCAGGAUCUACCAGCGACGGUACUUGGCUCUCAUGGUGGCCGGCACCUGGGUUACCACCUUCUCCAUAAUGAUACCCACCUGGCGCGGCGUGUGGGGUAUCUUUGGCCUAGACGUUAGCAUCGGAUCCUGCUCCAUUCUGCACGAUCGCUACGGCAGAUCGCCCAAGGAGUUCCUCUUCAUCGCCGCCUUCAUGGUGCCCUGCAUCUGCAUUGUGAUCUGCUAUGCUAGAAUAUUCCUGCUGGUGCGAAAGGCGGCCAUUCGAGCUGGAACCGCUGGAAAGAGCAAUGUCAGUGAUGUGACCCCCAGUUCCACGACUCAGCAGAACCAAGCCCCAGCCAUGGCCAUGCAAAAGAGGCCGGAAAAGGCCAGUACGUCCAGCGGCGAGGCACAGGAUGCACCAAUCUCCGGACGACCCUUUGUAGUGGAGGAGCAGCUGGCGUACAUCGAUGACAAUGCCUCGGCGGACAGCCUGCCUAUCUCGUACAGCAUCCGGAGGAGGGAUCAGGAACAGCAGCUGCAGCACCAGCAGCCACCCGUGGAUGCGAAUGUGGUGCUUAAGGAGCGGGAUCACGAGAAGUUUAGCCUGGGACGCAGUCAAACGCAACUGGAGAUGGGCAAGUCGGCUGGAAAGAACCCUAUUACGACCUCGCUUCGGACUUCCUUCACCAGGUUCAGUCCGCGAAAGUCGCACUACGUCUCCAUGGGCAACACCUCGAAUGCUUCCUCCAUUUACCCGGGCAGGAUGAGUGCCAAGGACCGAAGGUUGCUAAAGAUGAUACUGGUGAUCUUUGUGUGGUUCGUCAUCUGCUACCUGCCCAUCACGGUGGCCAAAAUCUGGAAGAGCGCCACCGAGUUGCACUGGUUUAAUAUCGCCGGCUAUCUACUCAUCUACCUGACCACCUGCAUCAACCCGCUGAUCUACGUCCUGAUGAGCUCCGAGUACCGAAGGGCCUACUGGAACCUACUACGCUGUCAUGGAUCACCAGAUCCCCACAAACAGCAACGGAAUCAGGUCCACUCCAAUGCCAAGCGGAAGCACCUGGAGUCCACCAAUCGCCAGGUGAAGGCCACGACGUGAAGAGGAAAUCCUUCUCCUAACAUCUUAAUCCUCCGUCCCAUCAGGAUAUGAUAUAUGGGAUGUGUACCGAAAUUGCAUACUGUAUGAUCUGUGGGAAGAAACGAUCCACAUUAAAAUACGAUCAGCAGAUAAGUCCCUUGAUCCCUCGGCGACCAUUGUGCCUCCAUGUCCACUCGAUGUCUAGUCACACGUUCCUAUCGGAUCUUCCCUUCCAAGCACACACGAAAACACAGGUCGCCCAUCUAUAUCUAUCUCUAUAUAAUGUAGGAACUCCAGAAGUGUAGUGCAUUUUAUACCAAAUGACUUUAAUAUCUGGUUUUACAU